CUUCUUUCUUCUCCAUAUAUAUAUAUAUAUAUAGUGAGACUCCGGUCAUUUCCACAGACAGAGUGGACUAAGCCUUCGUCUUCGCUCUUGAUCGUUUCUUCCUCUUUCCCUCGCUCUUCUGCCGACACUAUUCUCUCCGCCAUUUCUCUGGGACAACUGAAUAACACUGCCUUGGAUGCUUUGGAACAAUGUCUGAGCAUUUAUAUGGCUCAAUUAAGCAACAUCAUUGGAACUAUUGCCGGAAAUGAAAUUGACUUUAACUAUAGCAGUUAUGUCAGAGAAAGCUUUAAAAGAUCUUAAUACUAUACCUGGAUUUGAGAGGAGGAACGAAAACUCUAGUAAAGGAAGUAUUGCUAAGCCUGUAGUUAGCAAUACCAAUGGGAACUUUGAAGAAGGACAAAAUAAAAACUCUGUUAAUGGCAAUACCAAUGGGAACCUUGAAGAAGGACAAAAUAAAAACUCUGUUAAUGGCGUUGAAGUUGUGAAUCCUGUAGCAGAGAUUGCAAGUUCAGAGGUCGAAUACAUUGACUCGGAGAAUUUAAAUGAUGUAGAAGAUGUUGAUACAAGUCUGAAGAUGCUCUUAUCUGGGCUAGACUCUAAAGAUUGGGUCUUAGUGUGUGAUUCACUAAACAAUGUACGUCGGUUAUCACUAUUUCACAAAGAGGCCAUGCUUGAUAUGUUGGGAGAUGUUAUCUCACUGGUUGCAAAGUCCUUGAAAAAUCCAAGAAGUGCUGUUUGCAAAACUGCAUGCAUGACAUCUGCAGACAUAUUUAGUGCUUACAAUGAUCUUAUUAUUGAAUCUCUGGACUCUCUGCUAGUUCAGCUACUUCUCAAGUCAUCACAAGACAAGCGAUUUGUAUGCGAGGCAGCUGAGAAAGCUUUGGUUUCAAUGACCACUUGGGUUUCCCCAAUGUUGUUGCUAACAAAGCUGCAACCAUGUCUCAAGCAUAGGAAUCCUAGAAUUCGAGCCAAGGCAUCAAUGUGCUUUUGUAGAAGUGUUCCACGAUUGGGUGAUGAAGGGAUUAAAGCAUAUGGUAUCGACAAAUUAAUUCAGACAGCCGCAUCCCAGCUUAGCGACCAGCUUCCUGAGUCAAGGGAGGCUGCUCGGAACCUUCUCCUGGAGCUGCAAACUGUUUAUCAGAAAUCUAAUGAUAUUUCAUCAGUGGCAGUGUCUGAGCACCCUGAGACGGGCUCUUGGGAGAGCUUUUGUCAUUCGAAGCUCUCUCCUCUCAGUGCACAGGCAGUUUUACGUGUUACUAAUAUCUCGAGGGAGGGCCUUGUGAUUGGUUCUUGACACAGGCUUAUAUAGUAUCACGUACAAGCAAUUUAGUAUUGUCCCCCCAAUUUAAAGAUAUGAGUUUUAGUGAGCAUAGCUGUAUCUGUUUCGCUAUGGUUUGCCUCUCCAAUUCCUCUUUUCUUAUCUUUUGUACAUACUGUGGAGCAUUGAGAUGUCUUGUAUUGCAGUCGAAGCACGUAGUUGAGCCAGAAAUUUAUGAUACCUCUUAUCUGUAUUUUUUUUUUCCUAUUCCGAGCCUCUCCAAAUUACAUGUACUGGUCCAUUUGUCUUCGAGAUUUGGUAUUUUGUAGCCGUAGCUUCUCUUCAUUUUUCCUUUGAGUUUGUUUCAAAAAUGCCUUACUCAAAAGCUGUAAGAAGUAAAUUCUUUUUUGUGAA